GACGGCACUUAACAUAGACCUCCAAGGUACUGUCCAGGAAACUAUACCCAAGUGCAGAUCGAAUCCACGUCCUUGACCCAUGACCGAAAACGCGCACUUUUCAAUCUUGGAUUCCGAACUUGCGAUGCUCCUUGGUGGUGUAACACCAUCGCCUGACGAAAACCUUACUGUUGAGUCCCGGAGGGAAAGAUACGACAAGAUAGUACCAAAGGCAAAACAGAACCACGAGCCUUUCUUGCCCCACAAUUCUGAAUACACCGUUGUCGAUCAUCGAAUCGACGUUGGCGAAGGCGUUCGCGUACUUGCCAGGUCCAUCAUACCUACGCCCCGAGACGGAGAAGACGGAUGUUUCCCUCUACUUUUCUGGAUACAUGGCGGAGGUUGGAUAACGGGUGAUGUUCAUAUGGACGAUUAUCAUCUUCGAAGAACGAGCGUUGACUUGCGGAUAUCGGUUGUAAGCUUUGAGUAUCGACUAGCACCUGAACAUCCUUUCCCCAGCGCUCCAAAUGACUCCUUUGCUGGUCUCAAAUACGUCGCUGCUCACCCGGAACUAUUCUCUGCAUCACUCAAAAAGGGUUUUCUCGUCGGCGGACCUUCUGCAGGUGGGAAUAUCGCAGCUGUACUUGCCCAUCGCGCUAGAGACGAUCCAUACUUUGCUCGUAACGAGACACCCGUAACUGGACAGCUUCUGCAAAUCCCUUGUUUGAUUCAUGUCAAGGCAUACCCGGAUAGGUUGUUUCUAUUUCUUAUAUACUCAUUCAUUCCCCCGAGGUUAUGUUUUUGCACACGCUUACACUUAUGGUUUUUCUUACAGGUACAAAUCCUCGCUAUUGUCGAUGGAACAAAAUAAGGAUGCACCUUCGUUAUCAAAGCCUGCGGUAGAGUUGGUUUUAGACCUAUACAACGCACCUCCAACAGACCCCGACAUGUCCCCUCUCCUUCUUUCCUCCCAUCGCGGUCUUCCACCAGCUUUUAUUCAAGUUUGUGGUCUCGAUCCGCUCCGUGACGAAGGGAUACUGUAUAAGAAAGUUCUUGAAGCGGCUGGUGUGCCUGCUAGACUCGAAGUAUACCCCGGCGUACCACAUCUAUUCGAUGUGCUUUACCCGUCUUUGAAGCAGUCAACGAAAUACAUUGAAGAUAUGAGAGAAGGACUUCGUUGGCUGCUCUCGGAAUCGAAAUGAGAAUGGGAUGGUACUCGAGGUUCCCUUUUACUGUAGGUGUUCUUCUUUGGACUGUCGGCCACAAUGGCUACCGUCUAUUAUUUAUUGCGACCAAGUUCUAAAUUGAAUAAUGACAAAUACGAUAUACGUUUACCUUUGAA